CGAGCGAGUGAUGGGGCGAAACUAUGAUUGGAGGUUAUUUCGACCAAUAGAAUGCGCUACUGUGUUCAAAUUGACAAGGCUUCCAACUAAUGGGAGUUGAAAGCUUUGAUUGACAAGGGAGUCAGCAAAUGAGGUGGUCGCGCAGUCCCUUUUGUUUCAUGAGAGUGGAUUAGAGAUGGGUGGACUGGGGCUCGUUCGUAUUUCAAACUAAAGUCACCGGGACUGGCUGGGUGGUAUCUGGGGAGGAAGAUCCCGAUGGAGGCUCUUAGUCCGACAGUGCGGUGGCGAUUCGGUUCUGGUUCCCUCUGUGUACUGAGGCCCCAUCGGCUUCGCUUCUAUAGGCCCCAUAGUCCCUCCUGUACAAGGGUCUUUGGCCUAAAGCAUUUAACUCCUGUUUUUUCCUCUUUCAACAGAUGUUAUCAGCAUGUUGCGUUUCAAUUAGGUUGUAGAGCUUGUUCCCAUCUCUGCAUCAGCAUUACUGGGCCAGUGAUCAACGUUAACAUGCUCAAGAGCAGCCUCUUUGGCUCAUGUCAGCAGUACUAUUUUGGGGAGUGAAAUGCUCUUGGAAAUAGCACAUGACAAGCUUACAGCUGCAAGUUGCUGAUUCUCUGAUCUGAAGCUGAGGUCAGCAACCUUGAGUGGACUUUGAGAAGCAUUGAGUUGUAAUUGCAUUAGUGUACAGAAGUUUCGAUGGGCCGCAGGAAAUCGAAGAGAAAGCCUCCAACCAAGAAGAAGGUGCUUGGCACACUAGAAACACAGUUCACUUGUCCAUUCUGUAACCACGAAAAGUCAUGUGAUGUUAAGAUGGAUCGUGCACGGAACACUGGUAUCAUAUCCUGCACCGUAUGUUUAGAAGAAUUCCAGACCCCAAUAACAUAUCUGUCGGAGCCAGUAGAUGUAUACAGUGAUUGGAUCGAUGCCUGUGAAGCAGCGAAUCAGUAGUUUUGCUUCAAGUGCUCUGUUUUACUUCAAGGAGAUUGUCAGUUUUGUUUUUGCUGACUGUAAAUAAUAGUUGAUGUGGAAUCUCAAAUACUACGGAUGGUUUUCAAGCUGUUAUUAAAAGUUUAGAAUUAUUCCAUUUA